AAAAACUUCAUUAAAGCAAAUAAAGAAGAUUGGGCCGAAGCCCACUUCUGAGUUCAAGAGUACAACAAAAGAGAGGCUUGGAGAGCCCCUUUAGCAAGCCCGUCUGCGAAACAGUUUUUCGAUCGGGGAAGGUGAAAAAACGAAACAUUUGCAAAUUCGGAAGUAAUUGAUCGGAUGUCUUUCACAAUACCGAUGAUGUCUUUAGCCUGAGAUUAGCCUGAAAUUGCUCUGAUGAGCGUUAGGUUGCCGGAGAAAAUCUCGAGUGAGAGGAGCUCCAGAACCGCGAAAGCUUCAGCGAUGAGUGGGGAUCGAAUUGAAGAUUCGACCAUCGAUCCGGUGAUGGGGGCUUCGAGUCUAGGUCCCGAGAAUAUCCACCCAAGCCUGCUACUCGUUUAUCUUUAUUCCAAGCCGCAUCUGUCUUACACACCAGAUGGUUGUUGUCGGUUUGCUCUCUAGCCGGUUGUCGAGAUCGAUUCAUCUUGAGAAGAGGUUUUUGGUAGCGGUCCUAAAACAGGAACGUGUUCCUCGCUGUCCAAAUUGCCCACAAGAUCCCAAGGUAAAAUAUUGAGUGUUAUACCUGACGGAGGUAGACAUAAUGCUUUCCUGAACUUGGCUAUUAUAUCUUUGAACUCUGUAUUUGCAGCUAGGUGAACUGCUUUGUGUAGAGGAAUGAACUCCCACACUUGUUUCGCAUAGGGGCAGGUUAAGGAAAAUGGGAAGGUAUAGCUAUAGCCAGCCGUCCUCAUCAUCAGCGUCCAUCGACAUCACCUCACUUCUCGACGCUGAAGCUCAGUUGUACGCCGAUGAAGCUCAGAGUAGCUUCGAUAGUGGAGAGCCGUUUCAGAACCAACCUCAACCUGAGGGGGAUGAUGGCAUCCCGACGAUCUGCUACUGUGGGAGUGAGCCGGUU